AUGGCCGAGUUGAGCCCCCAUAAUGCGCUGAUCAACCACCAGUCGGUGGACGACCUCUCACCCUCCGCCGACCUGCAUGCAUCCCACCAAGACAGCGAGCCCGCCGUCACUCCCGAAUCCGCCCAACACCAACUACAACUACCACACGAUUCCGAGACAACCCCACUGGAUCUGAACUCUUCUCAAGACCAUGGCGAUCUCAACCUCACAAUCAACAGAGACGUGGAUAAUGCGACUCCUGAUCAACCGGGCUCCGACACCGACUCCAGCCGUCCAGAUGCUUCCAAGGUCGCCCGUUCUGGUUCAGUAAAGAAGCCUCUGUCAUUCAAGCCUGUUUCUAUCACAAAGUCCUUCCUGGCCAAGACGGCGACAACUCCUGGAAGCACCCCUCCUCCAGUCAAGGUUGCAGAAAAGCCAUCCCCUCAAAUGGCCACACUACAGAUGAAUGCGAGACCACGCCUGAUUGCAAAGACCGGUAGCAGCGGCUUGCGCGACGCUCCUCGUGCUCGCCCAGGCGACGGCACAAGCACCCCGGAUGCUAGGACUGUGUGGAAUAAGAACCAGCCUGCUCCACCUGCCCCGACCAAACACUACACCGACGAAGAACUCAAGCAAAAAUACGGAAUCCACCUGGCCACCCGUCUAGAAGCAGAGGGAACCACCGAGCCAAAGGCAAAAUGGGCCGACAUUGACGAGGACGAGGAAGAGUGGACUCCCGAGACGGUCGAAUGGAUGGACGGAACCAAAACCACUAUCAGUCAUGCGGAUGCUGUUCCCCCUCAACCCUUAGAGAAACCCGCCGACAAGCCUCAAGAAGAGCUACCUCCUACUGCUGCUCCUGUGCCGUCUGCUCCUACGGCCAAGCCAUCUAUGACUGCGUUGAAGCGUUCGACUCUGGCCGCACAAUCGCGCACCAUCUUAAGACCUGGAGCUGCACAACAAGCAAAGCAGAUUGGCGCCGAUGGAAAGGCUACUCCCGACAGCAAGUCGCCUAUGCUGAAGAACACUGCACCCGCACCUAUCAAAUCGCCGUGGGCAGCCCUUCCUCCAGUUGAAAAAGCCUCCCCUAUCACAGUCAACCCUCCUCCAACCGCACAGGCUCCUUCCAGAUUCUCACACCGAGACGCUCACGGAUUUGAUGCUCUGUCUCAGCCGCCGCCUACGCGUGAGAUGGCUACCGACACAUUUGAUCGAUCUUGGAAGGACGGAGAAAGAUCGAAUAGAGAGCUUUUCAAUUCGCAAUCGGGACGCUACGAGCCAGCCCCUGAACACCGCAGAAACUCACGCCAACAAGACUCAUACCAGCGGCAACCCGCAGUCCUGCAACGUCCUGCUCCUGGAGGCGGCCCUGCAGAACCUUCAGCCGCCUUCCAAGCUCGUACAAAUUCUCAGACAGAAGCAAGUCCUUGGGGUCGUAGAAGAGGCUCAAGCAUCAGCGGAAACAUGCUUCGCGAUAGACGCAUGUCUUCUUCCAGCAAGGUCUUUGAUCCUGCCGAGCCUUCUCCUGAGUUGGCACCUGAAGGCAAGGUAGAGGUGCAACCGCCUGUCGAAUCCUCUGAGGCACAGCUACAUCAGACCGACGGUACCGCACCCAGUGCCUUGUCAAUUGAGGAAGAGCGCGAGAAACAGAAGAAGCUUAUGCAAGAAAAGCGCGAAGCAGCAAUCCGACGCAGACAAGAGGAAGAAGCACGUGAAGAAGCCGAGAGAAGAGAGAGGAUCAGAAAGAAGAUGGAGGCUCUCGGAAUGCCUCUUGAGAAGACACCACCUCAAGACAAAGCCGAGAAGUUCGAGAAGAAGCAGCCUGAGGUACCGAAGCUAGCAGAUGCGCCAUCCGCCCCUGUUUCGAGCGCGUCGCCAGAAAUUGCUCCAGCCGCAGAAGCAGUUGUGCCGAAUGAGGAAACAUCGCGCACCGAAGCGCACGCAUCACCAGUCAAGCAACUCUCACCUCGAAAGGAAAAGACUGUUGAAUCUUCGCUGUCGUUCGCCCAAAACUCCGCUCCCCUCACUCGCCCUGCGCACAAAACUCUUUCGUCGCCUCAGUUGCCUGGUCUCCAACAACACUCACCCAAUGGUCCAACGCGCAGUCCCUACCAACAGUCAUCUUUGCAAGGCAUGAAUUCGUCGUCCUUCUCGUCGCCCAGCGACCAGAAAGCGCAACCUGCACGUUUGCCGUCGAUCUCUGGCGCCGAGUCUUUUACGACCACACCGUGGGGCAGCGCCAGCAUGACCUCGCACACCGCACCCGCUCUCUGGGGCCCUCCACCCAGCAACAACAGACACAUCGGUAACGGCACAUUUGACGCAGGCUACUCGAGCAUCUCUCCAAACUCACGCCCUCAACCCCAGAAUGCGCCAUUCACCGCACCUUUCAACCGCCCCUAUCCCUCGCGUGUCUCGCCCAAGGCCUUCGGUCAGCCAGCAUCUGCCCAGUCUGGCCCGAUGGACCAGCAGUUUGGUUCCUUGUCUAGUCUCGACUCACGCAUGCCCGAGUCUACUGGCGCAUCAGCACUUGCCGGCGCAUCGCCUCUACCUGAACCCGCCCGUCUCGCCUACCCGACUCCUAUUGCGCCUCCACAGAAGGCUGCUCCUCGUCAACAGCCUUUACGUGAUACCUCGGCCUGGACCAACUUCUCCAACAGCGCACAAGCAGCUAGGGAUGAUGCACAGACUGCGGCACGCGUCCAGAAUGAGCGAGCAAAGCCAUCCUCGCCACAGCAGUCUCAUCACACUGGUGCCAAUUGGACCGUCACCGAGACUUUUGUACAGACGAAGCCCCGUGGGCUCGAAUAUGAGACUCCAACCCGCAACGCAGUAAAGAUUCCCGGCCCUCAUAGAGCUGGUGCCAUUGGCGCUGCACGUCCUGGCCCCCACAGAAGCCAAGUCGUGCCAGGCCCUCACAGACUCAACCAAGUUGCGUCAGGUCCUCAGUCGCCCAUCGCCCAACAGUCGAUGCACCAUCCUCCUCCUCCUAGCAGCGAACAGUUGCACACGCCUGGUGAAGGCAUAGUGCGCCUUCCCACCGGUCCAUCCAGCUCCUCCAGAGCCUUUGACAGCCCAAGCAACGGCCCCACUGGCGUGAGACUGCCUCCCCGUACUGCAUACGCAAGCAAUGCUCAGUCUCUGCCUCUUCCUGUGCAACCUCCCACCCCAGGUGCAGCUCCGCAGCAGUCGAGGUUCUUCCCUUCAGCUCUCUACGGUGGGUCUCCUCCUCCUGAGGAGGCUGACCACCCAGUCUUUGGCGGUGACUCCAGACAUCCUCUUGUCAACCUGCCGACUCCGAGACCUCUGGUCAGGCUGCCACCUGCCGCUUCUGCAGACCGUGAGCAGUCCAGUCCAGUCACCAUGCCUCGAAGUGUGCACUCGUACACAGUGGGCGCAAGACCUCUUGUUCAGACUCAAGACUGGCAGGCCAGAUUUAACGGACUCUUUGGCAAAGCUCAAGUCUUGACUACAAUUCCUCCUUCUCCACCCAAGACUCCCCCAAAGACGCAAGCCCCUGCUCCUGCCGUCGCAUCCGUGUCUAGAACCAGCUCGGAUCUCGUGAUCGCGCAGAGCGCAACUACCGUCUCCCUUCCGCGAUCUGCCUCGCCUGUAUCUACCUACACCAAGAUCGUGUCGAAGCCAGGCGUUGAUGACAUUUUCGAUGGAGAACUUAGUUUCGGCUCCACUCCUAGAGUCUUCUUGCCUCGUGGCGUCACAUAUCCUGAUGCACCUGCCACCGUCACUACGCCCGUCAGACCGAACUCGAAGUUCCACAAGACUGUCGAACCUCAGUCAAAGCGCAUGAUGUUCUUCCACGACCAUGCUAUUCAUGACGUUACGGUUCAGAUCAAACUUCCCCGGCCUUGGUUCACUGCCAUACACGUUCCUCUGCCAUGCAAGAACAAGAGCGUCAAAGGUCCCAAGAACGCCAACAGACCCAACAACAAGAACAAGCGCAACGCCUCGAGCAAUGUCAAUGCAGACUCACCCGACACUGCAGCUCCUGCUGCUACCGAAGCCGCCAGUAGCAAGCCCCAGAACACUUAUGUCACGGGCGACAAAGGCGCAAAGACCCCGUUGGCCGAGAAUACUGUCCUCGCCAACUCCAACACGGAAAAUACCACCAAUACUAGAAAGACAGUCUGGCCCAAGGUGCCCAAGGGACCUCGCGGUCGUGGCCGUGGAUUGUACAGUGCGCAGGCCUAG